CAAGAUAAAGAGACUAUUGUGUCUCGUUUUGGCGCCAUCCCGCUGUCAUAAGUCGAAGCAAACGGUCGAGUCCGCACUCGCUGUCCGUGGCCGCCGCCUCGGGUCCUCUACUGCUCCACCCACGGCCGCUUUGCCGCGCACGACGCACCGCAGCAUCUAGGCGCUGUGAUGGCGCUGCUAACGAGCCGUCGAUCGCGUGCCAAGGCGCAGAAGACGCGCCACAACGACCCGGAAGCCUCCACUACCAGCGAGACCGAGGACGAAAUGGACACUUUAAUCGCGGACAACGCGGACGACUACGUAGACGAUGACGUUGCUGUAGGCAAUAAGCGCCGCAUGAAGACGUCGUCCACGCAGUUGUCCCAAAUGGACGCCCACAUCGAGACCGAGAUGGGCGUCGUGGAGGAAAUUUACUGUGAGAAUUUCAUGUGCCACCGCAAGUUGCGCGUCUCCUUGUGUCCGAACAUUAACUUCAUCACUGGCGAGAACGGCAGCGGCAAGAGCGCCAUCAUUGCUGCCAUCCAGAUCUGUCUGGGCGCCAGUGCGCGCAGCACACAUCGCGGUAAGAGCAUUAAGAACCUCAUCCGCCACGGCCACGAGGGUAACGCGCUGGUGCGUAUCACGCUGCGGAAUGACGCUAAGGGCAGCGACGCCUUCCGUCCCGAGCAAUUCGGCCGUAAGAUUCAGGUUGAGCGACUCAUCCGUCGAGACGGAUCAGCCGAGUACAGACUCAAGGACGAGAGUGGAGUGCUGGUGUCCAAGCUGAAAACGGACUUGGACGCGAUGCUGGAUCAUCUCAACAUCCAGACGGAGAACCCGUGCGCCAUUCUGGACCAGGAGAACGCCAAGCUGUUCUUAAAGGGCAAUCCGCAAGACAAGUACAAGUUCUUUCUACAGUCUACAGAUCUGUACAAGAUGCGGACGACGUACUCGAAGAUUGACGAGGAGACGAGGAACAUUGCAGAGACGACGCUGAAACGAGAGAGAGCCAAGAUCUCGACGUUGAGAGAGGCCAUGGAGGAGGCCAAGAAGCAGUGGAAGGAGGCCCAGAGUGUGAGUGAUGGAGGUUGUGGUUUUAUCAUUAAGGGGCUUAUAUUGUGGUGCUUUUUUUUGACAGAUUGGGAAGCUGGAGGAAGAGUUUGAGGUGCUGAAGAAGGAGCUGGCGUGGUCGUUUGUGGCCGAGAAGGAGAAUUUGGCUGCAAAGAUGGAGAAGAAGAUGAAGAGAAAGAAACGCGAAGCUGAGCAUGCUGCUGGCGAAUAUGAAGAGACGAAGGAGGCGGUCGACAAUCUGGAGCGGAAGCAGAAAGAGAAGAACGACAAACUUGAGGAAGUGAACGCUCGUAUGAGCGAAAAUAGCCAAAGGAAGACGGAGGUGAAGAACCGGAUCCGUGAAGCUCGGCGUCCGUUGCACAACUGCAAGGCGGAGCUGAAACACUUGACGCAGUCCAAGCAACGCGCCAAUCAGCGCCUUGCACGUCUGCAACACGACUUGCAAAAGAAGCGCGAGAACCACGAAGCCAUGUUGCACAGCCGUAUGCAGCGCAACGAUGCAAUGCGUGAACGUAUCGAGAUGAAGCGUAGAGAGGUGCAGGAUGCGGAACAUGAAGUCAAUGAAGCCAAGGAUCGUGCGCAGGCGCGUCCCCAGGAGCUGGAUGAAGUGGAGAAUCGGCACGAGAACUGCGUCCGCCAGUUGCGUGAGGCUGAUGCUGAGGCUGCCAAGACCCAGCACCGGAUCAAUCAGCUACGGGGCCAAAAGCGCGACAGUCUGGCAGUAUUUGGCAGCAGGAUCCCGCAGUUGCAGCAGCUCAUUCACCAGAACCGCCACCGCUUCUCCGAACCUCCCAUUGGACCGCUUGGCCUCCACGUGAAGCUUCCUGAACGGUUCAUGCACUUCGCUGUGGCUAUCGAGGUGGCGUUGAAGGGCACAUUAGGGAGUUACUUGGUGGUUAACGGCCGAGACAAAGCUCUGCUGGAUGACCUGAAACGCCAAGCUCACUGUCCGCAGAACCAGGCCAACAUCAUUAUUUCACAGCGCAAUGGACGCCGAUACAGCAAUUUGCGUCUUGCAGAGGGAAAUCUAGCAGCUCACGCGAUCUGCAACAUUCUCGAGGUGAACGAUGACGAGGUUUUCAACGCUUUGGUUGAUGUCUGCAGCUCAGAGAGUAAACUGUUGUUUGAUGAUCGGCAGUCGGCUGAGCAAAGCGUGCUGAGUGGCUCGAGUGGUAACUUCAGGAUGGCUCGGUACGUGUCCGAAGUGUACCUACCAAACGGAGACAAGUUUGUUGUUCGCUCUGGCAACUUGGCAUUCAUCGCCAACAAGGGGAAUCGCCGCAGUUCUAUUAUCUGCCAAGAUGUUGAGGGUGAGAUCACGGAGCUGGAGAAGAAGAUGGACUACUUGCAGGGCAAUCUGGAGGUGUUGCGUCGUGACGAGGCUCGACUGAGACGUGACCGCGAAGACUUUCGACACCAGAUGAAGCAGCAGAAUGACCGCAUUGACUACUUGUCUCGUCGGUUUAACCAGAAACGUGCAGAGUUGCGCAGUCUUGAAGAGGAAUUGUCAGAUGAUAUGCAGCAGAACACGCUGGAUACUUCUGUGCUGGAGGACGAGGUGAGGUCUGUCCAGGAUGAACUGGAAGAUUUCCGCCGUCGUGAACAGGAGUUGAACGAGAUCUUGUCCAAGUCCAAUCCAGAUUUGGAGGGCCAGCUGCAUGAACUUGAGGAACUGGACGAGAUGGAGAAGAAGAUCGCUGCCGAGAUGAAUGAAUACCAAGAAGAUGCAGACGCUAUCUAUAAGCAUCUUAGCGAAAUGAAGGUACAGGAGAUGACGUACCAGAAAGAAGCAGCAGCGCUGCGUGAAAUGGUGGAGCGAUGGGAGGACGAGCUGGCUGCUCUUCAGGAAGAGUGUGAAGAACAGAGACAAAAGGCACAACAACAUUGCGAACGAGUGGCUGUCCGACACUCACACGAUUACUAUGGAAAGCGGUUAACAGACAUUAAGCGCCAGAUCGAUCACGAGCGUAGCCGGUUCGAAGGCAUGGAUCUCGCUGAGCUGAGGGACGAUUUGGAGGCCAAGAAGCUCAAGUAUCGGAACAAAAAGAAGAACUUCGACAAGUUCCGAGACAAUCUCGAGCGUAUUCGCGCGAUGCUGGAGGAACGCAAGCGAGUGUGGCAAAUCCUACGCAAGGAGAUCGCUCAUCGGACGUCCAUGGGGUUCAACAGGUUCAUGGAGCUCAACAACUUCGCAGGCAAGCUCAGGUUCCGGCAUGACGACCAGCGACUCGAGAUUGCUGUGCUGCAGAACGAAGUGGGCGCCUCUCGAGCGUCGCAGGUGACGGAUAUGAAGGAGCUGUCUGGAGGCGAGCGGUCUUACACGCAAGUGUCUCUGCUGCUGGCCCUCGGCGAGAGUAUCGAGUGUCCGUUCCGAGUGAUGGACGAGUUCGACGUGUUCAUGGACUCAGUAAACCGGGAUAUGACUAUCCAACUACUCGUGGAUGCGGCCAAGAAGGACAGCAAGAAGCAGUUUAUCUUCGUGACGCCUAAUGAUCUCAGUGCAUUGCGGCGUGAUCCGAUGGUGAAGAUCCAGAAGAUGAACCCGCCUCGGGAUCGACUGAAUGCGGAGCGAGACUAAGGCAUAAGAAGAGGAGGUAUUACGGCAAGGACGUAUCAGUAUAACCACGCCUUGCUGACAGCGUGCAGUGAGUAGGUAGUAUCAGUAGUAGGGAGCAGGCGACCGUCGCCUUGCUGGCAUUUAUUGACAAACACAUUUUCACAGUUGUUUAUACGGACUUGGAGUAUAAAUUCUUCAAAUAUUCAUUCAACCUAGACUGAUGCAUCC